AUGCCACCGAAGCGGAAGGCUCAAGGGGCCGUCACCGGCAGCAUCAAGGCAGGGAAGGGCUCCGUUGUGUCAACACCAGGAGCAGCCACUCCCAGGAGCAUUGCUAGUGACAAUGAAUCCUCGGUCGUGGACCCUGUGAGCGAGUCCGAAGAUGAGAAUCUCGAGAAGAACGUCGACAAGUUCUCAGUCGAAGCCUACCUCGACAGGCCGAAGACGAACGAUUCCAUGUCAGGACUCUUCAAAAAGAAGCGCGAUUUCUCCUUCCUCGCACUGAAGCCCGAUUACCAGAACCGCCCACUCUGGAUCGACCCGGCCAAGGGACGCAUCUUCCUCGAAAGUUUCAACCCGCUUGCCGAGCAGGCGCAGGACUUUCUCAUCACCAUCGCCGAGCCAAUCUCCCGACCGUCCUUCGUUCACGAAUAUGCGCUCACGACGCACAGCUUGUAUGCUGCAGUUUCGGUGGGAUUGUCACCCCAAGAUAUCAUCAACACUCUCGACCGGUUCCUGAAGAUGCCCUUGCCCGACAGUAUUCGCAAGUUUAUCGAGGGUUGCACACAGAGUUUCGGCAAGGUGAAGCUGGUACUCAAGAAUACCAAAUACUUUGUCGAGAGUACGGACCCUGUCAUUCUGCAAAAGCUGCUAAAGGAUCCCAUCAUUGGACCCCUCCGAGUACACGGCACCGAGGAGAUCACGACAACAGCUGCUCCGAAGCAGGGUCCCUUGGUCAUUCCAGGCACGGCGAAUGCUGCUGGUGUCCGCCAGGCUGAAGAGCAGAAAGCCAAGGGCCGCGAGGGUGAAGUCAAGGAGGGCGAAGUGUACGCGGCGCUAAACGACGACGAUGACGAGGACCAGGAAAUCACACACGCCUUUGAAAUAUCGGAUGAGGCGGUCGAGACGGUCCAGAAGCGAUGCCUUGAGCUGGAGUAUCCAGUGCUGGAGGAGUAUGAUUUUAGAAGAGACGAGGCCAACCCCAAUUUGGAGAUCGACCUGCGUCCGGGUACCUUAAUUCGGCCGUACCAAGAAAAGAGUCUGAGCAAGAUGUUUGGUAACGGUCGGGCCAAGAGUGGUCUCAUCGUCCUUCCUUGUGGUGCUGGAAAGACGCUAGUCGGCAUCACGGCAGCUUGCACCGUCAAGAAGGGCGUUAUCGUACUCUGCACCAGUUCGAUGUCGGUGGUGCAAUGGCGAAACGAAUUCCUCAAAUGGUCCAACAUCAAGCCGGAGGACAUCGAGGCUUUCACUUCAGACAACAAGGGCAGGAUUUUCCCUGGCAACACCGGUAUCAUUGUGACCACAUACUCCAUGGUUACACAGACCCGAGAGCGGUCACACGAGGCGAAGAAGAUGAUGGACUUCCUCCAGACUCGAGAGUGGGGUUUGAUGCUUCUUGACGAAGUGCACGUUGUCCCUGCCAAUAUCUUCAGAAAGGUAACAUCAUCCAUCAAGACACACUCGAAGCUCGGCUUGACUGCCACGCUUCUACGUGAGGACGACAAGAUCUCGGAUUUGAACUUCCUUAUCGGUCCGAAACUGUACGAAGCCAACUGGAUGGAACUUUCUGAGCAGGGCCACAUCGCAAAGGUCCAGUGCGCCGAGGUCUGGUGUCCCAUGACUACAGAGUUUUACGACGAGUACCUGAAGGCAUCUGCCAGGAAGCGGGCCUUGCUGUACAUUAUGAACCCACGCAAGUUCCAGGCCGCGCAGUACCUCAUCAACUACCACGAGUCACGAGGAGACAAGAUCAUUGUCUUCUCCGACAACGUCUACGCGUUGAAGACUUAUGCCGAGAAACUGGAGAAAGCCUAUAUUUUCGGCGGCACAGGACAGGCAGAACGAAUGAACAUUCUUCAGAACUUCCAACACAACCCGCAAGUCAACACGCUCUUCUUGUCCAAGAUCGGAGACACGUCUCUGGAUCUUCCGGAGGCCACCUGUCUCAUUCAGAUCUCCUCGCAUUACGGUUCCCGUCGUCAAGAGGCUCAGCGUCUCGGUCGUAUUCUGCGAGCAAAGCGAAGAAACGACGAAGGCUUUAAUGCCUUCUUCUACUCCCUUGUGUCCAAGGACACUCAGGAGAUGUACUACUCCUCUAAGCGACAGGCCUUCCUGGUCGACCAGGGAUAUGCCUUCAAGGUCAUCACGCAGCUAGCGAACAUUGAAAAGACACCCGGUCUUGCGUAUGCUGCAGCCAGCGAGAGACGAGAGCUCCUACAAAAGGUCCUCAUCGAAAAUGAGGCUGGUGGCGAGGACGAAGUCAUUGACGACCUGUUCCAUAGCGGUACCAUGGGUCGCGCGCCGGUCAGGGGUAAGAAGAAGGCCGCUGCCCGGAGAACAGCCGGUCUUCUGGGUGACCUGUCGGGUGGGCAGGACAUGGCCUACAUGGAGCAAAACAAGAGGGUCAAGCUCAAGAAAGCCAAGGGAGAGAGCAGCGCCUUCUUCAAGAAGAUCCAGAGGGAGAAGGCCAAGCGGUAA